AUGCGUGCGCUGUUCAAGAUAAACCUGAGGCAGUGCAACCUCGAUCGCCUGGAGGAGGAAGCCUUAGCCGUCUCGGACCUCGACUCUCCGCGCUACGGGCAGUACCUCUCGGCGAGAGAGGUGUGCAAGGUCACGUCCUGCCCCGACCGCGAGGAGGGAAUCCGGGGGGUGUUGCAGUGGCUCCUGGGCGCGGUGACCCCCAGCGAGGGGGACGGGGAGGGGCUUCAGUGGGAGGAAGGGGAAUGGCUAAGGCCGGAAGGGGGCGGGGAUGACGUCAUGGCGAAGGUGUUUUGUUCGCACGUGGUGGUGUCCAUGUCCGCAGCCAAGGCCGCCGAGAUGUUUCCCGAGGCGGCCUUCCGCUCCCACCGCCGCGAGCGAGUCGGAAAACGCGGCGGAACCGGUGCCGUUCUGCGAGCCACGGGCGACGUCCUCCUCCCCGAGGCACUGGCCGUCCACGUGGAGUUCGUCUCGGGCUUGACCGAGCUCUGGGUGCCGGACGUGGCGGAGGGCGGUGGGAUGGGAAAGCUUGAUGGGGCCGGGGCCGGGCUGGGGCGAUUCAGGUCGUCGAACGGAAUGGAGGCCGGCGACUUCACGGAGGUGAUGAUCCAGCCGCGAACCCUCCGCUCCCUGUACGGCGUGCCCGAGGGCGAGCGCGGCGGCUGGGCCGGCCAGGGCAACAACCGGCAGGGUGUCGCCGCUUUCAACAAUUCAUACCUUCACGCUGAUCUGUGCGCUGCCCACAACCUUCUGGCCCCCGACUCCGAUUGGUUGGCUCCUCCCGAGGUGACGGACCAUGGUUCGAGGUUCGACCCGGAGACGGACGCGUCGGAGAGCGACUUGGACACGCAGUACAUGACGCUCAUGGGCCCCGGAGUUCCGGUGACCUUUGCGACCUACGAUGCGGGGGAGUGGGUCCUGGACUGGGCCACAGAGGCUACCGAAGGCCACCUCGUACCGGAGAGGGGAGGCCCGCUGGUGUGGUCGAUCAGCUACGGGUUCCCGGAGGCGUGGACUUGCUACGCCGAGCCAGGGGUCUGCGACAACGAGGCCGGGGCGCCGCAUGGGUACGAUCCCUCCGUCUACCUCCACAGGGCCAACAACGAACUCAAGAAGCUGGCCGCCCUGGGUGUGUCAGUGCUGGUCUCGAGCGGAGAUGACGGCGCCGGUCAGUCGCCAACUUGCCCGGUGGACCCUAGGCUGCCGGUGGACGUGUCAGGCGGGGCCAUCGAGGGGGUGGCGACGGCUUGCCCUUUCGACAAGAGGGAGGACUGCAGCUGCGGGUCUUUCGAGAUGAAGCUCCAGGCAAACUCAACGACGUCGAGGUGCAUCCUUCCGCUGGGGAUCACGGUCGCGGCCAUGGGGGUAGACACGCCAGGAGCGUCGUGUGUUGACGUGCUCGCCGCGCCGGACUGUCAAACCUUGCUCACCAAGAUCGAGAACGGCACGCUACCGCAAUCGGACGAGCAAAGCACGGCCAGCUCCGCCGGCUCCGAGUGUCAGGUGGCCUUCGAAAUCGCCAGGCCGUCGUUCUACAGCGACUGCGAGUGCGCCGACGUGCCUCCGAUGACGGAGGGCUCUUGCUCCCUGUCGGGCUACACCUACCAGCCGGAGAAGGACGGGGCGACGCCGUUUGCCCCCAGCUUUCCGGCGAGCAGCCCUUGGGUCACCUCGAUUGGAGCCACCCAGGUUGCUUGGGACCUCGCAGGGUCGUGCCUCCAGUCGGAUCUUCUCGGUCCGGGCAACUCCAUUGCUGCCGAGACGGCCGUAAACAAGUUCACCGGAGGCUUUGACGGCGGCGGCGGGUUCUCGACGACCUUCGGCGCUCCAAGCUAUCAGGCCGCCCACACCCAGAGAUACGCCGCCUCCAAAGCAGCGCCCGACGCUGCGCUAUUCAACAGCACCAACAGGGGGUUUCCGGACAUCUCGGCGGUGGGUCACAACUUCGUGGUGGUGAUCGACGGCAGGGUGGAGCAGGUCGGGGGCACGUCCGCCUCGGCCCCCGCCCUCGCGGGUAUGGUGUCCCUCAUGAACGAACGCCUUCUGGCCGCGGGGAAACCCCCUCUCGGGUUCUUAAACCCGGCGUUGUACAAAGCGGCUGAAGAUAGCUCGUCCGCCUUUCAGGAGAUUCUGCCCAAGACGUACAACUUCACGGGCACCCCGCUAGAGAAGACGGUCGGCGCUAAUUAUCAGGUCGGAAGCAACAAAUGCAGCAGGUACAGCUGCUGCGAGCUAGGCUACGGCGGCUCCGAAACCGGUGGCUGGGACCCCGUGACCGGUCUCGGCACCAUCAACUACCAGGCCUUGUCCGACUUCCUCAACAUUCCGCGGAGCCCCCCCCGCCCCCAGCCCCGAGGCGGCGGCCACGACCGGCACCACGCGGCCUACAUCGCCUGGAUCGUGGUGCUGGUGUUCGGCUUGAUCGCCGCCACCCUCCUCCUCGUCCACGAGCACAGGCCGAAGCUCAUGCUCUCCGCGGCUACCCUGGGCCGCAGCAUGAGGAACAUGGGCGGCGGAGUCGGCGGAGGCGGCGGCGGUGGCGGCGGCGGCAGCCUCGACGAGUACGAGGCCUAUGAGGCCUACGAGCGCAGCGGCGGCGGCGGCGGCGGCGGCGGGUGGGGCGGAAGCGGUGGUGGUAGCAGGUCGCGCGGCGCCCUGACCGAGAUGGUGAUGGGGAGCGACGCUUCGGUGGCGGGAGACGCGUCGUACCACCUACUCGAGGAACAUGACGACCCCGCGGACGAUGACGAUGGCGGCGGCAGCGACAUGGGGCGGGAGGGGCGGCGGGACUUGGCCGGCAGCGCACGCCGCAGCGUGUAGUAGCGUGUGGCUUGUUCGUUUUGUUUGUACCCCCCGCGCUGGUUCGGUUCCGGCCUGUGUGACCUGCUGCAAGGAGGGAGGCGGCCAGUGUGUUGUAGUUUUGUUUAUAAACACGGAGUUCUUGUUCUGUCUUUUGUCGCGAAGUUCUUUUUUGUGUUUUGUCGGAAGAACGUUGUUGUGCUGGUGUUUUUUUUGUGCACCUUCCUUCUCUCUGUGAGCGCAUCAGCGUCAUGCUGUUUUGAUGCGCUUUGGAGUGGUUUUGAGUCGGUAAGGUGCGUAUGUAGUGUAGUCUGCAUGAUCUCUCAUGUGUUCCGGAGGGAACGUCUGCUGCGUUAUUUGUUGCUGUUGUUCAAGAAUGUGUGUCGUUGCAAGAAACAUGGAUGGGAGGAAUUGGGAAAUUACGGUUUUUUCGAAUUUCCCCGUACGUUGCCUGACGCCAAAUUUGUAUCGGGCGACGAAUUUCCUUCAGCAUGUCGGGGGUUGUAGUUCGAGAGAGCGCUGAAAGGAGGAGGAGGGGGGGUGUAGCGCGCGAUGCCCGGGGAUACACGCGAUGCUCGGCGAUCACGCGUGCGCGGUUUGCUGACUUCGCGGUGAUCGGCAUUUCCCUAGCAUUGUACAUAAGAGUUUGAUAGCAACCCUCAUCAGAGGGAAGAUGAACAAGAUUGCGGGAGGGUAUUUUUGUUUUUUCAUGGAUUCCUGCAACAUGCGAGGGUGGUGCUUGCAUUUUUAUUUUGAGUGUGUCCUUGGAAAAUUUGAGGGUAAAGCAGGCACUGAUGGUGGUACCCCGUUCCAACGAUGAUCUGGGUCUUCCGGCUCCCAAA